GAAAAAUGGUUCAUUGUUCAACGGGAACGAGGGGUGGCCGGUUGGAAUCGCGCUUCGACGAUGUUCUGCGCGAGGAUUACUUCGCUUACGAGGAAAUCACGGAACUGCUGAUAUUUUUGGCGAAGAAACGAGCGCGAAAAAAUAACGUCCCGCUACGAAAAAGCCUCUUUCCGCACGUUUCGCCGUACGUGAUAUUCAGACUCUACGAUGGCAAGGGCGACUCUCGCGCUCUGCCGAAGGUCAUCGCUGACCACUUGACCUGGGAACUUGGCGCCGGAACACCGUGGAUCGUUAGGAAAACCGUGGAGAACAGCGGAUUUCGUUUUGUGAGCGGACGGGAGAAAUGGUGCGGUACUUGGAGCGAAAGUAAAUUCGCGAUAUCGUACAAGGUUCUCAAGAGCCAUCAGAAAAUGAACCACUUCCCUGGCACCUAUGAAAUCGGGCACAAGGAUCGACUAUGGAAGAACGUCAGUCGUCUGAUGUCCAUCUUUGGCAAAAAGCAGUUCGGCUUUAUACCCAGGACUUUUAUUCUGCCGGAGGAGUUCGAUCGGCUCAGGUGUGUCUGGGAGACGAGAAGAACCGGCAACAAAUGGAUUCUGAAACCUCCGGCCUCGUCCAGAGGCAGAGGAGUUUCGGUGGUCAGUCGGUGGACGCAAAUUCCCAGAAAACGAAGUUCCACCCUCAUCCAGCGGUACCUCUCAAGGCCAAAACUGAUCAACGACUCGAAAUUCGAUAUAAGGGUGUACGCCCUCGUGACGGACUUCGAUCCGCUGAAAAUCUACAUCUACGAAGAGGGACUGGUCCGUUUCGCCUGCGUCUCUUACGAUCGCUCCGACCUGACCCAGCUAGGGAACAGGUUCAUGCACCUGACCAAUUACAGCGUCAACAAAUUCUGUCCCGAUUACGUGAACAACGACACGGUCGGUGAACGCAAAGGACACAAAUGGUCUCUGAAAUGCCUUUGGGAUUACCUUGGCGAACAGAAAGCAGACGUUGCCGGACUCAAAUCGAAGAUUCACGACAUAAUCGUCAAGGCUAUCAUAGCGGGGGAAGCAUCGGUCAACUGUUUCUCCAGGGUACACCUCAACUCCAAACACAGUUGCUUCGAACUCCUCGGGGUGGACAUUCUUAUCGACGAGGACAUGCGACCCUGGUUACUAGAGGUGAAUAUUUCACCCUCGUUGCACGCUCCUUCGGCUCUCGACCUCGCCGUCAAAGGUCACCUCGUCAAAGACGCUCUCAACGUAGCGGGCUUCAGAAUCCCCCCUAUUACUCCGAGUGGUACCGUCCGGAAGAAGGCCGCCAAAUUAGGUCUGGAUUUGGCGUGUCCGGACGUCCACGCCGGCGAGCGGGAGCUCACGAUCAAGGAGAAAAGGAAGCAAACGGACUUCAUGUACCGAACUCUGGAUCGCGGAGAUUCGAGCAACGGUCCCGAAUCGAUUAUCCAUCGGCUGACGCCGGACGACGUCAGGUGCCUCGUGCGGUACGAGGACGAAAUAUCGAGACUCGGAAAAUUUCAGAGAGUCUUUCCCACCCCGGAAACUCACAAGUACUUCCGGUAUUUCGAGGGGCCCCGUUACUACAACAUGCUGCUCUCCGCUUGGGAAAUAGCCCAUGGAAACGAUCGACAAAGUGGAAUAAUCAAGCUCCGCGAUCUCUGCGAUAGAAAAUUUCAUCUACGUUGAUCGUUGAUCGCGAUUAUACGCCGCGCCGCGCGAGUUCGAGUCAAAUUUUUAUCACCAUCUCCAGUUAGCGUAGAGCGAAGCAAAAGAAUAAUCCUCGUGUGGUUUGUUGAUCACUUUUUGUUGUAAUUAACGAUCACGCAUACGCGACUCAUAUCGUAUCGGUGAAGUACCUCUGAAUUAAAAACCUGUUCCAAAGCUGUGAGGUUUGUGAGGUGAAAAAAGAAGAUGAAACCGAGUUGAUAUAUCUGUGCGCAGCUUUCUAAAGAUCUGAUCGGAUGGAAGAAAAAAAUAGAAAAACAAAAGUGGAAAAAAGGCGCUCGCCACGUUUUAGCUACUGGGAACGGUUAUGGUAAACGGGUCGAUUUGCGCUCGUAUUAUUAUUUGCCAGACAUUAUAUUAUGAUAAAGUUUUUUUAGUGGAGCUUAAAUCUACGGAGCUGAUUAAAUUAUCCGUAAGGCGUCUGGAGCUCGAGACGAUGGGGAGGCACAAGUUUCACGGCUAUAAAGCCUGCCGAGAUUAAUAAAUCCGUACUGACAGUUUAAUGUCUCUAUUGUGUCUAUCAUGGUCGACGAGGCGCAACUUAACUUUAUUAGAAACGUUAUUAAUAUACCGGGGCUCGGAUUUCUUCGCUUCCGCCCUUCAAAUUCAAUUACUAAAUCUGUUUCGUCAGUUAAAGAAUCAUAUAUCAAUUAUUAUUAUCAAGAAACUACUAGCCGCAAGUGACACCGCUCCAUGUUCUUCGGUUACAACGCUGCUUCUAUGCGUCACGAAGAUAUCGAUUCGAAAAAUAUUCAUACACAUCCCGACGGAACGAUCGUCCGACCGAAGUUCGAUUCCACCCAAGAAUUCCACCGCUCAUUCAACGCU